CAGGUCCGCUCUGAUCCAGAUGUUUCAGGUCCGCUCUGAUCCAGGUGUUUCAGGUCCGCUCAGAUCCAGGUGUUUCAGGUCCGCUCAGAUCCAGGUGUUUCAGGUCCGCUCAGAUCCAGGUGUUUCAGGUCCGCUCAGAUCCAGAUGUUUCAGGUCCGCUCAGAUCCAGAUGUUUCAGGUCCACUCAGAUCCUUCAUGUUCACAGAAACCCCCACACGCAGCCGCUCCACCAAGUCCUGGACUGUCAAGGCCACAAACACAGAUCCAGCUCCUCAAGGUCCUGUGUGUUUUGUUUACCAUCUGGCCGUGAUGUUGUGACGGGGGUUUCACCCUGACCUGGAUCAGAACCAGCUCUGAGCGCUUAUAAAGACAACAGCGGGCCGGGCCGGAUCAUUCCCACCCCACAGGCUCCAGGACCUCACCAUGGAUCAGAUGUCCUGCAGUCGGACCAUGACACCUGUGGGUUUUGAUGGUGCCGUGGCAGACCUGGUCCCUGCAGCCUCCAAUGUCUCUGAAGUCCAGUCUCCUGGGAUCCCCGUGGCCACCAGAACCCUCCUGGUGCUGGUGGGCCUGCUGCUGGUGGCCUGGGCUCACACAGACAGGAAGACCGUCCCAGGACCGUCCUUCUGUCUGGGUCUGGGUCCACUUCUGUCCUACCUGAGGUUCAUCUGGACCGGGAUCGGCACGGCCAGUAACUACUACAACCAGAAGUACGGAGACAUGGUCCGGGUUUGGAUCGAUGGACAGGAGACCCUGAUCCUCAGCAGGGCGUCAGCUGUCCAUCACGUCCUCAGGAGUGGACAGUACACGUCUCGCUUUGGGAGCAGACAGGGUCUGAGCUGCCUGGGGAUGGACGAGAGAGGACUCAUCUUCAACAACAACGUCCCUCUGUGGAGACGGACACGAGCUUAUUUUACUAAAGAACCACGGUGACCUGUCAGCUGAUAACGUGAGGCAGUGUGUUCUGGAGAUGGUGAUCGCUGCACCGGACACAUUGUCCAUCAGCCUCUUUUUCAUGCUGCUGCUCCUCAAACAGAAUCCUUACGUGGAGCUGCAACUGCUGCAGGAGAUCGAUACUCUUGUAGGGGACAAUCAGCURCAGAAGGAAGAUCUUCAGAAGCUGCAGGUCCUGGAGAGCUUCAUCAACGAGUGCCUGCGUUUCCACCCGGUGGUGGACUUCACUAUGCGCCGGGCCCUUUCUGAUGACAUCAUCGAGGGCUUCAGGGUUCCAAAGGGCACCAAUAUCAUCCUGAAUACGGGCCGGAUGCACCGGACCGAGUUUUUCCACAAAGCAGACCAGUUCAGUCUGGAGAACUUCCAAAAAAAUGCCCCUCGUCGUUACUUCCAGCCGUUCGGUUCGGGACCCCGGGCCUGCGUUGGCAAACACAUCGCCAUGGUGAUGAUGAAGUCCAUCCUGGUGACGUUGCUCGGUCAGUACUCGGUCUGUCCCCACCCGGGCCUGACCCUGGACUGCCUCCCACAGACCAACAAUCUGUCCCAGCAGCCUGUGGAGCCCCAGCAGGGCUCAGAGACCCUCAGCAUGAGGUUUUUACCUCGACAGAGGGGGGCKUGGCUCCAGUCCUUCUAAACACGCCCCUUCAGCUGUUUUAUAAAACGCUUGUAAAAAGAAAACUUGUAAUAUUUUGUGUUUCUGUGUAACAUUUUAUGCCUCAAAUCAAAUGUAAGAUUCUGUUUUCUGAUUCAUAAAUAAAUGUAAAUUAUUCUG